AUGAUUCACGCUGACAUCAAUUUCUUAUGGGCCUACUUUUGCCUCUCUCUCUUAUUUAUACUUUUACUUCUCUCUCUUCUAUACUUUUCCUCUCUCUCCCUCUUUUGUCUGAUUUUACCCCUCUCUGUCUUUUCUAAUUUGAACACUCUUUCUAUUUUCUACUUUUUCUUCUCUCUCUCUCUAUUUUCUACUUUUACUCCUCUCCCUAUUUUCUACUUUUACUCCUCUCUCUCUCUUUAUUUUCUACUUUUUCUUCUCUCUCUCUCUCUCUCUUUAUUUUCUACUUUUACUUCUCUCUAUAUAUAUAUUUUCUACUUUUACUCCUCUCUCUCUCUUUAUUUUCUACAUUUACUCCUCUCUCUCUCUUUAUUUUCUACAUUUACUCCUCUCUCUCUCUCUCUCUUUAUUUUCUACAUUAACUUAAUUCUCUCUUCUCUCUCGCUAUCUCUUUUAACAUUUACUCCUCUCUCUAUUUUCUACUUUUACUACUCUCUCUAA